AUGGUAGCCACCACAAGCAUUCCUGUGACCAUUCCAAAAGAUGGCUCACUGCCCAAGUCCAUGAUCCAAGACAUUAUCGGUACAUUUCUCACCAACGAGUGGCCAAACACGGACCCAGAAACGCUCAUUGUGACACGCAAUACUGGAUACGCAAACACAAACUGUGUAGUGGAACGACCUCAGCCAAAGAACGACACACAUUCCGAGCCUCUCAAAGUAUUCCUCAAGCUCCACGGCGAACUCGAUGGAGAAAUCGAGGUGUUCAAACACUUAGUCCCGAGCAAACACGAAGAGGCACAACUAUGCCAUGAUUACGCUCAAUCCGGUCUUGGUGCCAAAGUGUAUGGUUUCUUCCAGACAAAGGAUGGCACUUUCGGAAGGAUCGACGAGUUCUUAAAUGCACGCACUUUGAAACCAGCAGAUGUGGAAGAUGCACAUAUCCGAGCUGAUGUUGCGAGAGAACAUGCCGUUUUUCAUACCAUGUUCACACAACGAGAGAAGAAGCCGGUUCAGUUAUAUUACGAUGCAGUGAUCAGAGAGCUUGAAAGAUAUCACAAGAUGGAGAAGCUAAAGAGGCUUGCCAGAGAAGGAGGUGUCAAUAUGGAUGAUCUUGUUGACUAUGACUUCGUGUCUAGAAUAAGACGAGUGACGAACAGACUGGAAUCCAUCGGAGGGAAAAAGGGAUGGUGCAUCCACGAUGUUCAAUUCAUGAAUGCGAUGGUGAAGGACAGUACCAAGGAAGGAGAAAGAAAGAUCGUGCUUAUAGAUUUUGAAUUCGUCUUUCAAAAUUACCGAGGGUUUGAUAUUGGUGGACACUUUUUGCAAAAGAUGUUCCAGUGGUUUGAUGAGGAGAACAAGAUUGCAACCUGUCGACCUUAUACGGAAGAGGAGAAGAGGCAUUUUUGCGAGGAAUAUGCAAAGCAAUGGGACGAGGAGACGGGUGAUUCGGAUACAGGGGAACAGGUUUUUAUGGAAUCUGAGCUGGGAUUCAUGCUGGCUAUCACGUUCGAAAUCCAUAACAUGCUUUGUUUUAUGGAUCAGGAUGAUGAUAAAGACCCGUUGAGCAUAUUGGGGCUGAACAAGCUGUUUGAGGAGUUUGUUAAUCAGUAUAAGAAGCUGGGACUAGGGAGUUGA